ACCUUCCCAUUCGGACUGUGUGCCUAUAGGGGUCUAUGCAGGGGAAAAAAAAAAAAAAAAAAAAAACUUCACAAAGGUCUUCCAGUUGCCAAUUUGCGUGGCUGCUAUCUGGAGGAAAAAGAGCAGCAUUUUUAUUUAUCAAAUGUGAAAUGAAGCGACAGCCUUUAAACCUCGACCUUCCUUUGGUAUUAUGUUAACUUGCUGGUAAUGUUUUUUUUGUUUGUUUGUUCAUUUUAAUCUGUAAUCUGUAAAGAAUUAUUUAAUCAUUCGACAAACCGGCACGCCCCUGGGAUCCACAGAGUGACCAGGUCACCAAACUGAUGGCGUAUUUGUGGAUGCUUGUCAGAUGGCUACUUCAAGGUACUUAACCCAUUCCCUUGUAUUACAAAAACCUUAUUGCAGUGGCUGUGAAUGCAGGUUCUGUUGUAUGCAUUCUGCGGGCUCCGUUCCACUGUGAAGAUCAUGCGCUUAAGGAAAUUGACCCUGGUUAAUAAUUUCCAGACGGCAAUGUUGUUUGUACUCUAGAUAAUGUUUGCUCAUUAACUGUCAACUGCUUGCCUGUCAUUAUUGAACAGUACGAUUUUUAAUUAAAACCCUGAAAGAACAGACUGACCAUGCACGGGCUAUAUAUAGCACAUGCACAAUGGAUUUAAUGGGAAACGGCAUUAUUUUAAAGAAGACGGAGGAAAAAAGGAUCUGAGGAGUGAGUGUGUUUAUGUUGGAUCGCAAUGGACUCCCUGGCUGCCGGUGUGAAGGAGAAAGCCACGAUGUGCAGCACCAAUCCCUUUGAAGACGCAGAAACCCUGGAGCAAGUUUCAUUAGAGUCUAUGGAAAAUGGAGGAGAAAAUCUUGAUUCAGCGGAGAAGUCUGGUGUGAUUGGUAAAUUAGGAUCAGAAUUAACUUCAGUUCCAAGUGACAGUGAGGAGCCAACAAGCCCAGAUGGACAAAAAUCUAUCUUACAGAGAAGCAGCCUGGGCAGGCUGAGUUCAAGGCUAUGGUCAGGACUCAGGAAGGAUGGGGAGGGGAAACAAGAGCAGCGAAAAUCUGUCAGUGAAGAUCAGUCUGAUCGCUGGAGACUCUCAGGCUCAGAAUUAACUUCAGUUCCAAGUGACAGUGAGGAGCCCAAAAGCCCAGAUGGACCAAAAGCUCUCUUAAAGAGAAGCGGCCUGGGCAGACUGAGUUCAAGGCUACGGUCGGGACUCGGGAAGGAUGGGGAGGGGAAACAAGAGCAUCUAAAAUCUGUUGGUGAAGAUCAGUCUGCACACAGAAUACUCUCAGGACCUGAAUUAUCAGUCCCAGGUGACACUGAGGAGAACAAAAGUCCAGAUGGAUCUUUGUCUCCAUUGAAGAGAGGAGGCCUGGGCAGGCUGAGCUCAAAGAUACUGUCUGGGCUCAGAAAGGAUGGGGAUGGUAAACAAGGCCAGAUGAAAGCCGUUGCUGAAAUAAGAGCAGAGGAAGUUGAAACUCCACCUAAACAUAAAGAACCUGAGGAGCCCCUGUCAGUCAUGGAAAUCCAUGAUCUAAUUAACAAGGGGGUCCUAGAAGAAGCUCAUCUACAUCUACUGCUGCUGAAAAAGGAGCUGGAUGCAGAGACGUCAAAGACCGUGCAAGAAGGCGCUCAGUCAGAACUGUUAAGGAAGACGAAGGACAUGGAGCUGCUCUGUGGCGCGCUCAGGGAUAAGCUGAAAUCCAUCGUGAAAGACUCGCUGAACAACGCAGAAGAUCUUCUGACCGAUGCUGUCAAAAUAAUAGUAGAGGAGGACAAGAAAGAACAUGAUCCGUCCUAUUGUGAAGCCAGCUGUCUCAAAGGGCCCCAGGAAUGGAAAGAGCUGUGGAGAGAGGCUGUGCAAGAAGGCGUGCGGGAACGAAUUGCCAGCGUCCCCAUCGCAAAAAGAGAGGACAACCAGUCGUGGCUGGCUGUGCAUUUAGCGCUUCUCGGGAAGUCUAUCGUUGAUGAUUUGGGGAGUGUGAAGAUCAUGGUACAAAAAUGCUAUCCACAGGACUUUGGCGUGUGCGACACUUACGUGGCAAGCUCUCAUCAAGCCGUUUCUUCACACUUGCAAAAGAUCAUGCAGCAAAAGCUUGAAGUGAACGAAUGGUAUGCCCUUUUGAACUGGACAAUCAACUGCUAUGAAAGUGAUAAAAUAAUGGGGAACCUUGUUUUGAAACCAGAAGUAAACACUGAAAGUAUGGAUCCUUUAUUAGAUAAAGAUACAUUGGAAAACAUGAAGACAAAUUACAGCACUGGGCUGCAGGUGCAACUGAAACAGUGUUUGGAGAAUAUGUUAAACAUUGAAUCGGAAAAAAACUGGGAAACCGAAGAUGAGCCUGAGAUACUGAAUGGCUAUUACCACUCAGAAAUACAGAUCGAUAUAACCGAGAUGAUUCACAGGUAUGUUGCGACGUCACGAGAAAUCGGCACAGACUUGGAAGAGAGAGUUCUGUGCACCUGUUCAGAGGAGCUGAAACGUUUCUCACGACAAUUCCACAACACUUUCAUGGAAUGGAGAACUUCCUCCUCAAACUCUGCAUUACAAAAGAUGCACUCCAUUGCUUACAUUAACAGCUUCAGCAACAUCAAAACUGAAAUGGACAAAUACAAAGAGAAAUGCCCAGCACAGAUAGAGCAAUUGAACAACGAGCUGGACAAAGUGAUCCAGGAUUUUGGAGCAACGCUACUAGCUGAUUUUAUACAAGAGACAGAGCCGUAUUUUAAGAAAUUAAUGACAAAGAGGUGGCUUUCGUGUGAGGAUGAUUUUGAAAAGAUAACGGAGAUUAUUGAAAAUCAUUCCGAGCUUUACAAGAAAAUGAAGCAGCCGUGUUUUCAGAAGUGUGUGAAUGACAUCCACUACAAUGCUGUGAAGGGAUACAUCACACAGAUAAUGAAGAAGAAUUAUUCUUGCAAAAACAGAAAACACGAGCGAGCAGCAGCAAAGAUAAAGGUGGAGUCGGAGGCUCUCCGGAGUCACUUUGAUGACAUGGGUACCACUUCGAAAUGGCUUCACUCCGCAGCUCAGCAUCUCAGUGACAUCAUUGGAGUAAAGAACAAAAAGGACAUCAAGGAAACCAUCCAGCCUCUGUUUUCUGACUUCCCAGAUAUCAGCAAGGAGCAUGUUUCUGCCAUUCUGUAUUUCCGAGGGAUCACAAAAGGCCCUGAAAAGCAAGCAAUACUCCGACUUUUACAAGAACUGAAACGCUCACCUGACACGAAUGUGAACAGAAGCAGGUUACUUUUUGGUGCCAUCGUAGUCCCAAAAACUAACGCCUGUCUGCCUUUGACCUAAUGAUCGUCAUCAUCUUUCUGUCCAAAUGUUGUCUGGCUAUGUAACCAUAUAUUUUUUAUCUAAAACCUUAUGGACUCGUUGAUGAAACACAUGUCUCAUUUUAACCUUGCAUUUUUAUGACAUUUGCACUCAAUUGUUUCAUAUUGCAAUUGCUCAAAAGUGCUUUGCCUGGAGCUGAGGAGUUGCCCUUCUGUUCUGGUUGCCUGCUGGAACACAGGCUUGAGAUGUUCUGUUUACUGACUCACAGUAACAGAGUGGGAGCAGAGAUUCGUUUUUAGGAGUCUCUUCAGAAUUGUGGACAUUAGUUAGUAAAUGAUAAUGAACUUAGCAGAAACAGCACCAGAAAAUAGAGGAAAUUAAGGAAGAAAUUAUAUAUUCUAAACAUGUAGUAUAACAUAUACUUUUAGGCUGUAUUUUCUUUUCCUGAAAUGCUAAAUGUAUAUAAAGGGAAAGAAAGAACAGAUUGGAGUUUUGUACAGUAUUUCUACUAUACUAUACAUGGAAUGAAUGUUAGCAUUAGAAUCAUAAUCGGGGCAGACUAAAAUCUAUGCUCCAGACGGAAAGUGAUUUACAGAAACAGUCAGUGUGCCAGGAAAGAAAAAUCUAGGAAGAGAAUUCCAUUGGAUAAUUUUGGAAAGUCCUCAAAUGUUUUGCACAGCACUGCUGUAACCCUUGAAUCCAGAAGGAAUAUGCUUGAGUCAAAGGAAUCUUUUUUUUCUUUUUUAGGCUUUUAAUUGCAAAGUAUACAGCAUGAGAUAAACACUCCCUGGCAGAGAUCUGUAGUCAUAAACAAAGACAAAAAAACAAACAAACCUGUAACAGUGACAUCUCAGCUUUGUGAUGAAAAACCCAGUUACACCGACCCCCCCCCCCCCCAAAAAAAAAAUAUAUUUUCCAAGGAACGCCUCUUCAGACAUUAGUCUUUUUUUAUUCUGUGCUACCAUGUUAUUUCUGGAACAAAAAGCAGAUUAUCUUUGCAUAGUUCACUAUUAUUUUUGGACAUUUAGCUUUUUCUUUUUUGCUGUCAACCCUCUUUCCCACCCAUUGUUUAUAUUUUUUCUCCCCAGUUUUCCCCACAGCUAUCUUUACACCCAGCAGCUCGAGAGCGGAUAUCAGCUUGAGUAGCAAUAUAACUACUAUGGGUCAAAUUGCUGUAACCACAUAAUGUGCGGUAUUUCAUGCAAUUCAUUAAAUAAAACGAGCACUUCAAAAGCA